CCCACCACCCCAUAGAAGGAGCACAUCACACAUACAGCAGAGGAGAUCGACUUGAUCCUCUCCAUCCCUUCUGCCUCCCUUCCUGCCCAGGCCGCCCAUCGCACUCCGACUCUGCCUUUGCUUGCCGAGUUCCUCUGCUCUCUAGCACCUCCAACAAGGCGCCAGGCGGGAUGGACAGGCUCAACGCCAAGCUGUACAUGCAGAACUGCUACAUCCUCAAGGAGAACGAACGGCUGCGCAAGAAGGCCCAGCUGCUGAACCAGGAGAACCAGGCCCUGCUCACCGAGCUCAAGCACCGCCUCGCCAAGACCGCGGCCGGCAAGCCCAUCGGCAACGCCGCUGCUGGCGCUCGUGCGCCCCUCCCUGACCUCAACGCGGCUCCACCGGCACACGCCGUCCACGACAAGGCGACGCCCAAGUCCAAGAAGACUGUCGCAAACUGA